CUGCAGGUCGUGCCGUACAACCUCAAGUACUUUGCAGCGGGAGCGCCAAUGCCCAUGGACAUGUUCAAGGCCACCAACAUGACGUCCAUGUGCGACCAGUGCCGCGCCUUCUUGCAGACGUACUGCGGGCCCGAUCCGAGCUGCCGACAGCUCAUGACCGACUUCCAGCGCAACAUGAACCAAACAAUCCUCAGCAUGAUCAACGCCGGCAACGGAAGCUUCAUCGACGUCUCGGAUCUCAUCGCGCGCAGCGUACCAGCGGGGACCCCGGCGCGUGCAGCGUCCGUUUUUGGUCUCUACCACUCGUGUCUCUCGCAGUAUCAAUGCCCACUGGUCAAGACGCCACCGAAUGCGCCGUUGGUGCCCGUGCUUGUCGCGAGUGACGAAAUGCACAUGGUGAUGAUCUACAACCGAACGACCAACUUCAACCUCACGUUGACGUACCCGGCCCUCAACGUGACGGUGAACAUCAACAGCUCAGCCAUGUCAUUCGACUACAACAACUCCAUGUCGUCGUUUGACGCCACGUAUGCGCUGGCGUCGAAGUGGAACGCAACGAUGAAGCCGGCAGCGUAUCUCGACUGCUCCAACACGGUGCCGUGCUACUUGGUGAUGUACUUUCCGCACUCGAUUCUGCCGCUGUCGCUACCAGAUAUCGCGUGCAACGAAACCUAUUCGACAUUCAAGCGGUCGGCGUCGCAAGUGCUUCAGCUCAUCCCUGCGAAUACCACGGGCAACAACGUGAACCCGGAGAUUGUCCAAAGCCCGGCGUGUGCCCGCUGCAUGCAGCACUUAGCAACCUGCAACCUCAGCCCGCUCAAUUGCUACGGUUUGUUCAUGUGCGCCGAGGCAGAAAAAGCGAUGCAACAAAUGUACAACGGGACCUUCUCCGCCACGUCCGCCGGGCUCUACGCGACGCAGAGCAUCAACGUCUCAUCGUGCCUAACGAAUGUGUCGCUGGCGAGGGCGGCCCCAUACCUCGCGUAUUGGAGCUGCUAUGGGACCAACAUGUGUCCGGUCGGACCGACGUUGAGCCAGAUCUCGGCCGGUCGGAGUCUCGUGACCUCGGUGACGCCUGGCUACCAGAAGAUCCUCGUUUCGGGGGCCCUCACAGCGUCCGUGAGCCUCGAGUUCCGCCUCCUCGACGCCUUCCUUGGUCGUAUCGACUACAUUUCACUCUACUCGUCGUCGUCCGUGCUCGCGAGCCAGCUCCAAGCGAUGUUCAAGUCUUUGGGCACUGUGUCUCUCUCGACAUCGCAAGAAACCAACACGAUGUGGUACAUUCAGCUAACGUACAGCAACUACAUUGGGCCCCUGCCAACGCUGACGAUUGUCUCGUCUGCGUCUGUGACCGCGUCGCUUGUCAAUGCGAAUCCAUCGUCGCAAUACUACGAGGUCUUGCCGCUCAGUGCCGUCAAGUACGGCUUCCCGUACCAAGCCGCCGCACCGACACCGUUCCAGCCGUCGCCAGCGCCGCUACCCAUGUACGGCACCAUCACCUUUCCAUCGGCGUAGAUAGCCCUAGUGCCUGUGCCAAAUCAAUGGUUGCAUUUUGUUUAUUGCCA